AUGGAUCGAAAGAUGAGAUUUAUUUGUCUACUGCUGAGCUUAUUUAUAUUUAUUCUUCACAUUCCAUGGGGCGAUUGUUCGGAGGCUGAGGAUCGUUUAAUGAUGGACAUUUUUCGGGGUUACAACUAUUUGAUACAACCUGUCAGAAAUCUUUCCGAGUUGCCGAUCGUUGUCAAAGUGGCAUUGCAAUUGGUUUUAUUGAUCAAUGUCGACGAAAAAGAGCAAGUGAUGCACACAAAUGUUUGGGUGACUUUGAGAUGGUACGAUUUUCAAAUGCGCUGGAAUCCGGUCGAAUAUGGAGAGAUAAGGAAUAUUCGAGUGUCACCCGAUAAAGUGUGGUUGCCCGAUAUUGUGCUGUUCAAUAACGCCGAUGGGACUUUUGAGGUUUCAUUUGAAUGUAAUGUCGUUAUUGAACAUGAUGGAUCGAUGCUAUGGGUGCCGCCAGCAAUCUACAAGAGCUCGUGUAUCAUUGACGUCGAAUAUUUCCCCUUUGACGAGCAAACAUGCUACAUGAUAUUCGGCUCGUGGACGUACAACGAGAAAGAGAUCAUUUUGGAGUUCAGCACCGCCGAAUAUGUUGACUUAUCAGAAUACUCAAUCUCAUCAAUCUGGGACGUAAUCGACGCACCGGCUUCUCUCGUCAACAAAAGAAGUCGGAUCGAGUUUCAAGUGAAGAUUAGACGGAAAACCCUUUUCUACACGGUCGUCUUGAUCAUUCCAACCAUUUUGAUGGCUUUCCUCUCAAUAGCCGUUUUCUUUUUGCCGACGGAUUCAACUGAAAAGAUGACUCUAGCGAUUUCCGUAUUGCUAUCAAUUGUCGUAUUCUUGUUGCUUGUCACAAAAAUCCUUCCUCCAACCUCGAGCACCAUUCCACUAAUGGCCAAAUACCUCCUAUUGACAUUUGUUCUUAAUGUAAUCACUAUUUUGACAACAGUUAUCGUCGUGAAUAUUUAUUUCCGAAGACCUGAUACAAAUGAGAUGUCACCGUGGAUAAGGAAAUUGUUUUUAGAUAUACUCCCAAUUUUUAUGUGCAUGAAGCGGCCAAAACGAGUGAAAAAGAGAAAAAAAGCGGAAAAGAGAGCCAGCGGGAUCAUCACCGAUUUGCCGGGUUUAGGCAAAUUCUCGAUGAACACUGCCGUCCACCAUCCGCAUUGUCAGAGUGCGAAUGGAAUGCAUAAAAAUCACCUUUGUCCUCCACCGGAGUCGGCGCAAAUUCAACGCGAUCCACAAACGUCGGCUUUCUAUCCACUCACAGCCGAUGCUUUACGGGCAAUCGACGCAAUCGAGUACAUCACUGAUCAUCUCCGGAAGAAAGAAGAGUUUAAAAUGUUACGAGACGAUUGGAAAUAUGUGGCGAUGAUUAUCGAUCGAUUGCUUUUGUACAUAUUUUUCGGGAUUACUUUGGGUGGAACGUGUGGGAUUCUCUUGGCCGCACCAAAUGUCUUUGAGGUGGUGAACCAAGAAGAGAUUCUCGAUAAAAUGCGCAACAUUUACUACAGUCCAAAAGAA